AUGGCCCAGAGACCCCCAAUUGAGCGUAUCCCGGCCAUCGCACUGCCAUUACAGGCGAUACAAUCCAACAGUCUUAAGGACGCCGUCCAAAGGCUAUGGGAGGCUAUUGCUGGUGCAUGGUUCCCAGCACUUGACGGCUACAACUGCCGCAGCAAGGCUGCAACUCUUACGAACAACAAUAUGCCCGAUAUGUGGUCAUUCAAGUCUGCAUUCUGCCCACGGUCCGGCGAACAAAGAUUCGAUGAUGAGAGAAUUCGGGCAUAUUGGGGAGACUCGACAACGCCGCCAAAGUUUGUGGCACAAUUGGUCAACAAACCCGCACAUGUCGCCGGAGAUCGGCUGAUACCCAUCUCUCCUGCGUUUGGAAAACUCUCGGUCGAAUUGGUGUACGAAAUCCUAUCGUACCUUCCUUAUGCACAGCUUGCCCAACUAAGACUUGUGUGUCGGGACCUUGCGUGGAAGGCGCGACCCGACCAGCUGGCACAAUCCUACUGGAAGAGUCAGUUUUGCCUGGGACAGGAGCUGGCCUUCAUGUGCCCACAUUUAUCAACCGUGAAUCGAGACUGGUUCCGAGCCUACUGGGGCACCACAUCAUUAUUGAUCACGGGUCACCUGUCGUUGACGAACCGGAAGAGAAUCUGGGGUCUCUUGGAUCCUAUCGCUGCUCUUGUAGAAUUCCAUUUGCAGCUACGACGAACAAAAGAUGGAUAUGUUUUGUCCUCGUCCGAAGAUGGACUCGAAUACCACGCGUCCUCAAUUGGAAAUCCUUCCGAGGACGCGACCGGUGCAAUUCGCCUCGCCCAGUCGUUCUCUGGCCAGAUAAGCCAGACGGCUGAACGUCGUCCUCUAGAGAGUGGCUGCUACAUGCUUGAAGUCAGGGCAGCGGCUUUUCACCCCUCCGACUUUCAGGAAGGGGGGCAACUGACAAUCUCCGUCCUCCGUCUAGGGGCUAGAAAGGUCAUAUCAGGCUUUAGCUGUUGGAGAAAAGGCAUGCAAGAUUACGAACCUCGCCUCGGACUCUGUGAUACUCCUAUCCAAUGGAUCGUUAAAGUGCCGUCGACGUCGUCUCUUCAAUCAGUUGACGUCGUCUUUUGUUCGGUCGGCCUCGUCGGAAUAAGGUUUGUCUAUAAAGACGGCGGGUCUUCGGAAUGGGACCUGAAGAUUGUCAAAGUCGGGCUCGGGACACCAAGUGAGCCAAUUGGAUCCGGUGCUCUCCUGGCGAACCCCCUGAAGAUAGAAGACGCCCAGUACAUAUCAGUACAUUCUCAGCUCUGGACACCGAAUAUCCCUGAGCAGGAAAAUGCUAAGAUUGCGCGCCUCAUUCCAACCGUCAAUCAGGGUCCAUUUGAACCAUUGGUCAACAUUGACUUCGGUGGGGCCCAUGGCAUUCUUCUUCAGACCUUGUCAAGAAUCGUUGUACACAUGCUCUCCCAUACCCAUCCUAUUUCUCGCAUAGAGUUCUAUUAUAGCGAUGGGGUGGUGAGAAGCUUUGGAACAGGCCCUCCUGCCGCCGAGCUCUCGUUUUGUAUCGAUGGUUCAGGCGGGGAGCGCAUCACUAGAAUCGGCGUGUCGCAGAAACCGGUCGACCUCACCUUAGCCGGCUUAGAGGUCUGGAUAUUGCUAUUACCCGGCAUUUCCUAA